GAAAACGUAAACAGAAAAACCUAACCCUAUUGCUUUGUUGGCAAUAUUUAAAAUCUUAUCUUUUUGUUGAUAAUGAUAAUUACACGAUUUACACGUAAUGAUUUUUCAAUGAAUCGAUACUUGUGAUAGCAUACAGUAGUACCUGAGAAGCAAACAUUAAGUUAAGUAAAUCUGAAGAAAAAAACGUCAUGGGUGAAAGUGGAAUGAGAGCACUUAUUCUUGUUGGGGGCUAUGGGACGAGAUUGAGGCCUCUAACUUUGAGUCGUCCAAAACCGCUUGUUGAAUUUGCUAAUAAACCUAUACUAUUACAUCAGGUCGAGGCUUUAGUUAAGGUUGGCGUGUCCGAAGUUAUUUUAGCUGUAUCUUAUCGAGCAGAGCAAAUGGAAAAAGAAUUGGUUUUAGAAGCAAAAAAAUUAGGCGUUAAAAUGGUGUUUUCCCACGAAACCCAACCAUUGGGAACAGCUGGACCGAUAGCUUUAGCAGCAGAGCAUUUGACAAAAGAUAACAAACCAUUCUUUGUAUUAAACUCCGACAUUAUUUGCGACUUUCCUUUUAAAAAACUAAUGGACUUCCACAAAGCUCACGGUAAAGAAGGUACAAUAGUAGUGACAAAGGUAGAAGAACCUUCAAAAUAUGGUGUGGUAGUGUACGAUGAAACAAAGUGUAUAGAAAGUUUCGUUGAAAAACCACAGGAAUUCAUUUCCAAUAAAAUUAAUGCCGGUUUAUACAUUUUAAAUCCUAGUGUUAUUAAUCGUAUAGAAUUGAAACCAACCUCUAUUGAGAAAGAAGUAUUUCCAAAUAUGGCAGCUGAAAAAGAACUGUAUGCUUUCGAAUUACAAGGCUUUUGGAUGGACGUUGGACAGCCUAAAGAUUUCUUGAUAGGGAUGUGUCUUUACCUCAAACAUUUAAGAACUACAGAUCCGGAGAGAUUAUACAGUGGUCCUGGAGUUGUUGGAAAUGUCUUGGUACAUUCCACUGCCAAAAUUGGAAAAAGUUGUCAAAUAGGACCCAAUGUCGUUAUUGGGCCCGGUGUAGUUAUCGAGGAUGGUGUAUGUAUAAAAAGGAGUACAAUACUGGAAGAUGCUACUAUCCGUUCAAAUUCGUGGUUAGAAAGCUGUAUUAUUGGAUGGAGAUGUAUAGUUGGACAAUGGGUUAGAAUGGAGGGCAUAACCGUAUUAGGGGAAGAUGUCAUUGUAAAAGAUGAGACUUAUAUUAAUGGAGGUCAGGUGCUUCCCCAUAAAAAUAUAGGAGAUUCGGUACGCACACCACAAAUUAUAAUGUAACUUUAUAAAUAUUUUUUAUAUAUUAAAUAAUUUAUGUAUUACAAUUAUUAGAAAUAAGUACGAAUACUUUUUUUUACAGUUAGUGUAAAAAAUGUAUGUAUUGUAUUGUGAAAAUAUGAAUAAUUCUUUUAAAAUGCUCUUCUCAUUCUGGACUAACUCUUCAUUAUUGUUAUUUUAAUCAAUAUGGGUCUUUAAUACUAUAUGUGUAAUCAUAUCAAAUAUAUUAUUUAGCCUAAGGCUAUAUUGAUCAGCACUGUCUCAGACUGAUCAUUAACUAGGUCAGCAAUUAUCUUAUUUUUGGCCAAGUUCUAGUCAACAGCUAACUUAAUCAAAAGGUUAAUGAUUUCUUUUAUAUCAAUAUAUUACAAUCACAGUUUGCCUUAUUAUUUUGUAAAUAUAUAUUUUUUAAUAAAUAUAAACUGUAAAAGUUGA